AUGAUGCUGGGGGAAUCUGUGAAGGUGGAUUGUUUGGACAUCAGGAUAAGACAACUGACCUGUAUCACCACCUUGUAUCUGACUGACAACCACUACAUCUGGUACAAGAACGGACAACAUCUAGAUGAGAGACGUCCACUGGUACUGGGCCAGAUUGGCUGGAGUGUUACAUACACCACUCAGAGUAUCUGUGCCUUGAAGGGGUCAACAGUGGAGCUGUCCUGCUCUUACACAUAUCCCAGUGGUCAUACAAUCACAACAACCUUCUGGUUCACUAAAAUGGAGAGAAAAGGUAAAGAACCUGACAGUCUAGGUCAGGACCCAGAGUAUGCAGGUCGCCUGGAGUAUCAUGGGGAUAAGAAGAAAGACUGUACACUGAGAAUCACAGACCUGAGAGAGAGUGACUCAGCUACGUACAAGUUCAGAUUUAUAACAGAUAAGUCUGGAGGGAGAUAUUAUGGUGAUCCUGGAGUCACUCUGUCUGUCACAGGUCUUCAGGUGAAGGUGACUGGUGAGACACUGACCUGUAUCACCACCUGUACUCUGACUGACAACCCCACCUACAUCUGGUACAAGAACGGUACCAUAGUAAAGGAGGGCACUUCCAGCCUGUACUCAGACUCCUUUAAUGAUGCAGACAGUUACUCCUGUGCUGUAAAAGGCCGUGAGAAUCUCCACUCUCCUGCAGUGUGUCUUCAGGUGAAGGUGUGCAUCAUGAUAGACACUGACCUGUACACCAGCUGUACUCUGACUGACAACCCCACCUACAUCUGGUACAAGAACGCUCUCCAGACUCUAGUGUUUCUCUGGGUUCCUGUGGUGGGGGUGGGGGCUUUCCUGACUGUUGGAGCUCUUCUAGUCACCAUCUACUGCACACUGAAGAGGAGAUCCACAGGAGGAAGUGAUGCCACAACAGACACACAUAGUGUCCAUCAUGACCCUAACAGUGACACGUACACAGGUCUGAACAUGAAGACCUGGUCACCUGACUAUGACACUCUGGAGAGUGUCCAUCCUGACCCUAACAGUGACAUGUGCACAGUUAUGAAGAAGAAGACCAGGUCACCAGAGUGACACCCUGGCAGUGUGUGUGUGUGUGUGUGUGUGUGUUGUGUGUGUGUUCAUAAACACUUUAUGAAGUGGUGUGUAAAGUGCUCAUUCAAUGUGUCUUCUUUCAGAAUGUGAGGGACUCCCCCAGUACACAGCCCCUCAGCAUUAGAUUAGAUGCUGAGCCUUCAGAUUAUGAGAAAUGAAGAGAACCACCACAGAUUCUGGACUGAAGAGAACCACCACAGAUUCUGGACUGAAGAGAACCACCAC